UUGAAUGCAUUCUGCCAGGAAAUAAUUAGGCGGAUCAGCACCUCGGAGAGCGAAGCGAAGAUUUACUUGUAACGCAACAACGACACCACGUGGCGACAGGACAUGUGCCUCUUCGUAGCACGUGACGUGUCUACGGAUUUUAAAUUAAACGUAGAGUUUCAAUUUUCAAGCUUGUGGCAGUCAAAAUUAACCAUCGGAGAAUCAUUUGACACACACGUCAAUCACGUGACGUCAAUUUGAAGUGACGCCUCCAUAAAUGAAGGCAGCGCUGACGUCACAGUGUUUCACGCGUAUGCGGUGUUUGACGGAAAGAAGGACGGCGACUGCAGUCAUCACACAUAUACUGAGAAACAACCAUGAAGAGGAUCUCAAAUAAUUUUAAUUUAAUCUACCUACACACAAAAAUAACACGUUAAGAUGUUUAUUUUGGUAUGAGUACAAUGAUGAAAUAAGACCAAAAACCCACGGUUGUACCUAAUUCUGUUCGUUGGCACUCGAACGACAUACAAAUAAUGAAACAAAUGUGCUCGCCGUAUUCACCAUCUUAGGUAGAUCAUUUCUACACUCCGUUUUAUUGUGAAAUGUAUACCGGAAGUUGUGUAUGGUUCACCGCAGGGUAGCUUGACGCUUGUCAUGUCGACGUCGCUGCCGUGGAAACCACAACCGAGCAGUCUAGCGGCAGUCGAUCUUCCAUCAGUCCGCACGUCCAUCCACUGAUUCCCCCAAAAACAUGGACGCCGCCAACUGAGUGGAGGAGACGAGCAGAAUCGUCGGAAGGCUUGAGAAGGAAGCAUCAGCGAAAAGCCAGGCGGCCAGCAUGCCGCUGGUGAAGAGAAGCAUCGAGCCGAGGCACCUGUGCCGCGGAGCGCUGCCGCACGGUGUGACCAGCGAGCUGGAAUGUGUCACCAACAGCACGCUCGCCGCCAUCAUCAAGCAGCUGGGAGGCCUCAGUCGCCACGCCGAGGACAUUUUCGGCGAGCUCUUCAAUGAAGCGAACAGCUUCUACCUGAGGAUGAGCAGCCUGCAGGAACGCGUCGACCAACUCGCGGUCAAAGUCACUCAGCUCGACUCCACGGUGGAAGAAGUGUCCCUGCAGGACAUCAACAUGAGGAAGGCCUUCAAGAGCAGUACCAUCCAAGACCAGCAGGUGGUAUCCAGGACGUCGGUGCCCAACCCGGUGGUGGAGAUGUACCGUCGCUGUGACAAACCUCCUCCGCUCAACAUCCUCAGCCCCUACAGAGACGACAAGAAGGACGCGCUCAAGUUCUACACGGACUCGUCCUACUUCUUCAACUUGUGGAAGGAGAAGAUGCUGCAGGCCACCGAGGACAAGCGCAAGGAGAAGAGGCGACAGAAAGGCUGUCCGGCCCAUCCAGACAGGUCCCACUCCAGACAGGCCCCACCCAGGAGCCCCCUGUCCAUCUCUCAGGAGCAGCAGAGGCAGGUGGAUGACCCGGGCCGAGAAGUGAAAAAGGUGCGCAAGGCUCGUAACCGCCGCCAGGAGUGGAAUGUCCUGGCCUACGACAAGGAGUUCCGACCCGAUGCCAGGCUCACGCCCUCCCCUUACCAUGGCACGUCCCCCGAGGGCUCCUUGUCCCCGGAUAGCAGGUCCGCGGCAUCCGACUCGUACCCCGCCAGUCCCAGCCACCCCUCGACGCAGGCCUCCGCCACAGACCGCCACAACAGGGACCACUCGGGUGCGGCCGCCCAGACCCAGUCUCUGGAUCGGGGGCUCAGGCCGGCCAACCAGCCAGCAGGAGGGGUGGGGGCGGCCGGGCGCCACGCCGCCUCCCUGGGCCGCACCCCGUCGGGUCAGGUGAGCCAGGCGGCUGGCGAUCUGACCGUCAACGGGCCCAGGCAACCCCCCCUCAAGGAUUACCGCACCGGCCACGGCGGCGGCCAGCCCUCCACGAUUCCGGAGUACUACAUCCCACCGGCGCCCCCGCCGCCUCCCCCGACCAUCCCCUCCGCUCAGACCGCCUUCGACCACACGCCGGGCCCGCCCUGCGGCGCCACCUCCGCCGUGCUCCCCGCCUCCUCCGCCCUCUCCCGUCCCUACUCGCCCUCCCCUCCUCCGCCCCCCGUCAACUAUGUCCCUUCUCCCGCCCACCCUCCUUCCGGGGCGCCGCCAGCCGCUCCGCCGCCCCCUCCGCCCGGUGGCUCCAUGGCGCACCCCUCGCCAACGCGCACCGCUGUGGGUCAGGCGGCGACGGAUGCCCCGCCCUCCGCCAGGAAGGGCGCCGUGCUGGGCAUGAUCCCCAUGAGCGACGCCCGCUCCGACCUGCUGGCCGCCAUCCGAAGAGGUAUCCAGCUGAGGAAGGUGCAGGAGCAGAGGGAGCAGGAGGCCAAGCGCGAGCCGGUCGGCAACGAUGUGGCCACCAUCUUGUCCCGACGCAUCGCCGUGGAGUACAGCGAGUCCGACGACGACUCCGAGCUGGAUGAGAACGAGUGGUCCGACUAAAAAUCCGUUUUGCUUCGGUGAGGCGCCGCGCACGUUGUCGACAGGUUUUCUCCUUCAAAUGCCAACCGUUCAAAAGUUUGAACUCAUGUUUUGCAGGGGGGCGAUGAAAAGCAGGUUGUUUUCUUCAAUGCAGAUAAUAUUAAAUAGAUUGGGCCCCACCAUACCUGUGGUUAGCCACCCGAGAAUUCACAUAUCAGUCAAUGUAUUAUUAUUUUUUUGGUUCGCUAUUAGUUUUUCCACCUCCAUUUCCGCUGCCCCAACACGUUAUCCCUGUUUUUUUUAAAUAAUCUGAGAAAUUCAGAAUGUUUUUUUUCCCCCCAAUGCAUAUAAAUGGGUCACAAUUGUACGCUGAUUACCGCCAAGCUCAUAUCAGUGCUUUUUUUUCAAAGAUCAUUUCUUGUUCCCCGGAGUCCAAAAUGCUUCCUCUUUUCCAACAGUUUGUUUUCAGGGAAAUCUUGAAAUUGUCCGGGUGGCCCCAAACUUUUGAACAGUGUAUAUUAUGUUAUUAUGAUUGAACACACCUUAUGGAAAGGGGAAACGCGGGUUGGCCCUGACAACACCCGUCUUCCCAACAAAACAAAUAUUUUGCCGUCCAUCCAGCUUGGAAUUGACAGCACGGUUGCGGGUGUUUGCACGUCAGCAAAAGGAACAGUAACCCCAUGUGAGCACUUUUCCAUUUACACUUAACUAAACUCUUCACCAAGUGUACAGCGCCUGUCACGUGAAGCCAGUCACGCGUGCAUCGACGCAUUCAGACGUUUGUUGACGUUGCAAAGCGGCGAUUUACCGACGGCAAUUGGCCAAUUCUAUUGGCUGUCUCACCGCCAUCCGUUUUGACUUCUCGUUUACUUGGGAGCCCCCUGGCGGUGAGAAAGUAUUACAGUAAAACAACGUGAACAUUUGUACAGUGACUUUGUUGUAAGUUGUUUUGUCUUUUCUGUUGUAUGAAAUAACAAGUUGAACAAAGUUCAAGUGAGCAGUUGUGUUAUUGUGAAUUGAAAGCGGUAAAAAGAAGAAAGAAAACAUUUGCGUUUUUCAUGCAAAGUGACCAAGAUUUCAACUAAGUGACAAAAGCUCCCAAAGUCUCUUCGGGUGGCAACGAGUGAUGACGUCACCGACGAAGCCAUCCUUUAGACUCCGCGAGAGCGAGUUCGGACCGAACUUCAAAUUGCCUUUUUGGUCUCUCGUACUCAAUCCAAAGCUGUGAACGUUUGCGGAACUUGUAAAGGCUGCGACACUCGACGGGGCACACGCUCGACCUAAUGUGAGCAUUGUGGAGGUUUGGUUGUCUGCACUCUCACCACAUGUACAGCAUUUUUUUUUUUAGUAAACGGCGUCAUCACUUAGCUCUCGCUUGACUGCUUUGUUGAAAUGUGCUGCUGUGAGUCAUCUGCUUUGAUUGACUGUAGUAUUAUUUCAUACUUUCUUUUUAGGCCAAGACUGAAAACAUUGUGCUUUGUAAAACGGUGAAAUCAUUGACGGAUUUGCUUCUUUUCAACUGCAAAUGUGAUAAUAGGUUCCUGUUAAAUAAACAGAAGACGCACAGUUCUUGAAAAGGACUCAACUUAAAGAUGUGUGGAAUUAAAUGGACUGUUGAGUGAUACUCUUUGAGCUAAAUAGUUCGAUGGCUGUAUUGCCGAGAAAAAGUUUGACGGGCUUGUCAAGUUUUCAGCCUUGUCGCUGUACGCGUCUAUUGGGUAGAUGCUGCAGUAAGAUUAUUCUUAAUCAUUCAGAGAAAUUUGCUGUAAGCAAGUAUGCAUGCAUCUAUAGACAAUAAAUACUCAACUUGAUGUCUUCA